AUUCUGACAGUUGUGGAAUUUUCUGAGAAAUAAUCACACCUGAAGGCACGAAAUGUUUCGAUUUUGAUUGAAUAAAGUGAUAUUUUCUCAUGUGCAAGGCAUAUCGAUAGGAAGGAAUGUUCCCGAUGUUGCUAUUUCAGAAAGAAAACAGGCGUUAAUUGAAGGUUAAUUGGUGGAAAUUGGAAUCGAGUUGAAAACCACAGGUAACGGUGCUCGGAUUCCAAGAUGGCGGAGAAGGGGGACAGUGGGGGAUCGGAACAAGAUGACAUCUCCUUCCUUAGAACAAAUGACAUGGUAUGUCUGAGCUGUCACGCAGCCCUCUCCCGUGACAGUCCGAGUGAUCGGGUAAACCUUGCAGCCGAGGGCUUUGGAAACCGCAUGUGUUUCCUUGAGAAAGUCUCCAGCAAGGACAUUCCUCCGGACAUAUCGGUGUGUGUGUUUGUUCUUGAGCAAGCACUUUCGGUCAGAGCCUUACAGGAAAUGGUCACCUCUUCCUCCCAGGAUUCAACAGCAGCUCAGUCAGGCCACAGAACAUUACUUUAUGGACAUGCCGUUCUUCUCAGACACCUUCAUAGCAACAUGUACCUUUCCUGUCUGUCCACAAGCUCUUCCAACGACAAACUGGCCUUUGAUGUUGGUCUUAACGAAGCAGCACAAGGAGAAGCAUGUUGGUGGACCAUUCACCCGGCAAGCAAACAAAGGUCAGAUGGUGAGAAGGUCAGGGUUGGUGAUGACCUUAUCCUGGUCAGCGUAUCCUCCGAGAGGUACCUGCACAUUGGCAGCAACUCAGACGUGAUUGCGUCCUUCCAGCAGACACUAUGGACGGUUGUACCCAUGAGCUCCGGAGCCAUCCGUGUCAAAUCAAUGGGUUUUGUGUUUGGCGGUGAUGUGUUGCGGCUGUUCCAUGGACACAUGGAUGAAUGUCUCACCAUUCCGGAGGCUGGCAGUGACAACGAAUUCAACUGCGUGAUGUACGAGACUGGAGCAGUGUGCAGUCACGCAAGAUCACUGUGGAGACUGGAGUUUAACAAAACCAAAUGGGCUGGUGGGUUCAUGGGCUGGGGUCAACAAGUGCGUAUUCGCCAUGUGACCUCUGGCCGUUACCUUGGAAUCACCCAUGAUCACAAUGUGGUAACCGUGCACCGUGGGAAGGCUGACGAAGAUACAGCAUCCUUCUAUCUUAGGCAAACUAAAGAUGAUAAAAAGCAGUCAGAGGGACAUGAAGACGAGGGUAUGGGAAAGUCAGACCUCAAGUAUGGCGACUCUGUGGCGUUCUUCCAGCACUGUUCCACUGGUCUGUGGCUUUCUUACCAGACAUUCGAGACAAAGAAAAGGGGCGUCGGCCGUGUUGAGGAGAAAAAGGCUGUGAUGCUGGUGGAGGGCCACAUGGAUGAUGGCAUCACGCUGUCUCGCGCCCAGGAGGAGGAGUCGCGGUCUGCCCGUGUCAUCCGCAAGUGCCAGUCCCUCUUCAAUAGAUUCAACAAGGCCCUGGACUUGCUCCGCAGUGAAGGUCGCACAUGUAUCGCGUGGUCCCGUAUCAGGUUGUCGGAGGUGGUCAAGUGCCUUACAGAUCUCAUAGACUACUUCCAGCAGCCUGCAGACGAUGAAGAACAUGAGGAGAAACAGAACAAGCUACGUGCACUGAGAAAUCGACAGGACCUCUUCCAGGAGGAGGGCAUGAUUGCACUGAUUCUGGAGACCAUCGACAAGUUUGGCCAGUACAAGAGCAAGCGCCAGUUUGCCCACUACGCGGGCGAGGAUGCUGCCAACAAGUGGGACGAUAUCUCUGGAUACCUGUAUCUACUCCUAGCUGCUAUGAUCCGCGGUAACCGUGCCAACUGUGCCCAGUUCGCCCAGUCAUACAGGCUGGACUGGCUCGUUCACCGACUAGAAAGUCAGAUGUCUUCAAAAGGUGUGCUGGAUGUGCUCCACUGUGUUCUGAUAGACUCUCCAGAGGCCCUGAACAUGAUUAAGGAGAAACACAUAAUCACCAUCAUCUCUCUCAUUGACAAACAUGGCAGAGAUCCUAAAGUUUUGAACGUGCUCAAGUCACUGUGUGUGGGUAACAAUGUUGCUGUGAGAACAAACCAGAACCUGAUCUGUGAUAACCUGCUGCCAGGUCGAGACCUGUUGCUCCAGACAAAACUGGUGGACCAUGUGUUUAGCAUGAAGCCAAACAUCUAUGUGGGCCUGUGUGACGGGUCGUCCAUGUACCGGCGCUGGUACUUUGAGGUGGUUGUCGAUCAGUUUGAAUGGAGCUCUCACCUGUCGCCUCUUCUCCGUAUUGGCUGGGCCAACAGCAGUGGGUUCGUGCCUUACCCCGGGGCCGGUGAGGGUUGGGGAUGUAACGGCGCUGGCGAUGACCUCUACUCCUUCGCCUUUGAUGGCGUGUCUCUCUGGACUGGUGCAAAGCCGAAGCCAGUGCGGGAAGCCCACCAAGUGUUCAAGAAGGGAGAUGUGGUCGGCUGUGCUCUUGACCUCACCGUGCCCUCUAUAUCGUUCACACUCAAUGGGGCACCUGUCAUGGGACUCUUCAAAGACUUCAACGUAGAUGGGCUCUUCUUUCCGGUCAUCUCUUUGACUGCCUGUGUUAGUUGUCGGUUUGUGCUUGGUGGAGACCAGGGGAAAAUGAAGCAUGGUCCACCACCCAACCACUCCCCAGCCAUCGAGUCCCUCCUACCCAAGGAGAAACUCAAGAUCCAGCCAUGCUUCUACUUGGGUGACGUCCAGAAAAACAUCAUCAGCGGGCCCACAGAGGUCCUGGAUUAUGCUCCAUUUGUGCCCCAGCCUGUGGACACUAGCAAUGUCCAGCUUCCAGUGUAUGUGGAAUCUGUGCGUGACAAGCUGGCGGAGAACCUACAUGAGGUCUGGGCCAUGAACAAAAUUGAUCAGGGCUGGUCCUGGGGUGAGAUAAGGGAUGACCCGCGCAAGAAGAACCCCAGUAUCACUAGCUUUGAGAAACUGCCCAUGUCUGAGAAGAAAUACGUCAUUACUGUCUCAUUUGAAACUCUUAGAACUCUGCUGGCUUUAGGAUACCAUGUCUCCAUGGAAACAAAGGAAUCAAAGACCAACAGAAUGAAAAUGAUCAAACUGAGCUCUGAUUUCCUACAAGCAAAUGGGUACAAGCCAAUGCCACUAGACUUGUCAAGUACUGAGCUGGAUGAGAAGAUGAGCGACCUGGUUGACCUACUGGCUGAGAACACCCACAAUGUCUGGGCAAAGGAUCGCAUCAAACAUGGAUGGACUUAUGGAUUGUAUGAGGACCCAGUGAACAAGAGAAGUCCACAUUUAGUGCCUUACAGUAAAGUUGAAGAACAUAUCAAAAGAGCAAACAGGGAUUCUGCGGGCCAGACAGUGAAGACAAUAUUGGCAUACGGCUACCAGCUGGAACCCCCGACCACAGAGCUUGGGGAGGCUGCCAGGCCACAGUCAGGCAGCAAACUUGAAUACCAUUUGGCAACCCACGGCCUAAUGAAAGACAAAGACAUCCCAGCCAUGAACAGAAUCCAUGCAGAGAAAAUGAAGAAGACGAGGACAUAUCGAGCACAGCUCACCUACGCUGUCAAGUCUGGGAAGUGGUACUACGAGUGUGAGGUGUUGACGACAGGCUACAUGAAGAUUGGCUGGGCACUGGAAUCUGCCAGCCCCGCGGAGGAGAUCGGCAUGGAUGGGUUGUCCUACGCAUUUGACGGCCUCUGUGGUCGUAAGUGGAAUAUGGGAGCGGAAUUCUAUGGUAAGACUUGGAACACGGGAGAUGUGGUUGGCUGUAUGCUGGAUCUACACGACAAAACUCUCACAUUUUCCCUGAAUGGUGAACUGAUGAUGGACUCGAUGGGCCAGGAGAUUGCCUUUAGGAACAUCGACGUCGACGAGGGUUAUGUCCCAGCCCUAACCCUAGGGGCUUAUCAGCAGAUCAAGCUCAACUUUGGCCAGGACGUGAACACGCUAAAGUACUUCACAUGUUGUGGACUCCAGGAGGGAUAUGAACCGUUCUGUGUGAACAUGACGCGUAUGAUGACCUUGUGGUAUACCAAGGACCAGCCUGCGUUUGAGACGGUCACUCCGGCCAAUGCUAACGUUUCUGUGUCCAGAAUUCCAGGAGGAGCGAAUGUAGCCCCUUGCCUAAAGGUGACCUCCAAGACAUUCGGGAGCCUGGACGAGGUGAAACUGGAGUACCUGAGACUCAGUCUCCCUGUACGCUGCAAGAACACAUUUAUUCCUAGUCGUGAGAAGGCAAGUCAACAGAUGGCGCUUGAGCGCCGCAUGAAUCUGGAGAACAUUCGUCGACGGGAACUUGACAUUGAAGAGGAACAAGAUGGUGGCACUGACAACGGCACCGAGAACUACAGUGAUGCCAACAUGAGUGAUGCUUCCAUCGAGAGGGGUAGUAAAGUCAUAGCAGAUGCCUUGCGAAGACUGGUUAAUCGUGCCAACACUAAUGAAACCAGUCCAUAUGCUGUGAUCAGGAACCAGUCUAACAAUCUGCAAACCAGUCCAAGCAUGGCUAACCAGACUAACUUGCAUGAAACCAGUCAGGAAACUGAUAGUACCUCUAACACUGACGGAAAACCAUCAUCACCUGUUUUACAAAUAAAAAAAGGCAAAAAGACAAAACAUAAAGAUAAAGAUAAAACUAAAGAUAAAGAUAAAGAUAAAACUAAAGAUAAAGAUAAAGAUAAAACUAAAGAUAAGGAUAAAACUAAAGAUAAGGAUAAAGAUAAAACUAAAGAUAAGGAUCAAAGCCACAAGAAAGAAAAAGAAGUGAAAUUAAGUGAUGGACAAUUAUCUAAAGCCUCGCCAAGUAGUAAAGGAUCUGAAAAUUCACAGAAUGCAAAUUCCAUGACUGGUACACAUUCGUCAAAAACUAGUAAUGAUGAUGACUUGUCCCUAGCAGGCAUGAGUCACAGCUUCACAGAUGACACAAUUGACAGCCGAAGGUCAAAGACAAAGGCGAAAUCACUGAACCGUGGUCACUCGCUGGAGGAUAGUGUUCCGGAUGGAGGUCGUGGGGGCAUGAAGGCUGCAGCCAGUGAGUCCAUGCUGCUGGGCGACUCCAGCACCCUCGGGUUACCUCGAGAUGAAAGGAAGGCCUCUAGCUCCAAGCUGUCACUCCUUGGCGAUAAACUGGGAGAUGCUGCCCGAAUUUUUGCUGACAAGAGUGGUGCCAAAAAGCCCAAGACACCUUUCUCGAUGUUUAAGAAGAAGCCGUCAAGGGAUCCGUCUCCAAAUGACCGGAGCAGGACACGCAGCACAGAGUAUGGAGGAAGUUUGGACAGGAAGUCCGGCUUCAGGUCCGGAGCGGGACGAUCACCAAACAGAACCACGACCCUACCCAUCACAAGGAUCAGUGAUGAAGGAGAUGGUAACGGCACUACUGGAGGUCCCAUAAUUGGCCUAGAUGCCCCAAGUGCCAUUAUCCCAUACGAGUUCCGGGAGGGAAUGGGUCGAGGAAGGGACUUCAGCAGUGACGGCUCUGACCCUGACCUCUCCGAGGCGGACUUGAUUGAGAUGAAUGCGUGGGCAGAACAUGUGGACGAGUAUUUCUACUCUGUGCGGAUCUUCCCUGGACAGGAUCCCAGCCAGGUGUAUGUCGGCUGGAUGACCCCGGGCUUUCAUAAUCUUGAGAAAUCAUUUGAUACAAAGAAAAACAGACAUGCAGUUGUCUCCCUUCUUGAUCAAGACUUCAGAAUCAAAACAAGUGUUGGUCGUAAGAACUGCUACAUGGUGUGUGCGGGGGAUCUACAACAGCGCUACGGCAACAGCAGCAGCCAGGAUGUCUCUUCAAAGCGUGCCUCUCCCGGCCUACUUAUUGGCUGCACCAUAGACACCUCAACCGGCGUGCUAGCUUUCUCAGUGAAUGGGAAGGAAGUAGCCAACAAGUUCCAGGUUGAGCCAGGAACCAAGCUGUUUCCGGCAGUGAUCUGUGAGCCCACCAUCAAGGAGAUGCUGCAGUUUGAGCUGGGAGCUACCAGGAAUGCCCUUCCAUUGUCGGCUGCUGUGUUCCGAGGGCCGAAGAGUGUGGUUCCAUCAUGCCCGCCACGGCUAGAUGUACAGACGCUUACCCUGAACUCUUGGUCACGUGUGCCGCACAACACCUCCUACGUCAAUUCACUGAAACUCUCAGACCUACGUGGAUGGAGCAUGCUCUCUGAUACAACAGUUCCCAUGAUGGCACUGUACAUCCCGGAGGAAGACAAGUCUCUAGAUAUCCUCGACCUGAUAGAGCACCCACACAUACUCAGUUUCCAUGCUACAACACUAGAGCUAUACCAAGCAGUGUGUUCCCAUGGCAACCACAAUGUUGCCAACAUUCUGACAAGCCACGUGGACAUACUCCAGUUGAUGUUUUGUAUUCAGAGCGAGUAUCUGUCAGGCCCACUGAGGGCUGGAUUUCACGAUCUCCUCAUUUCCAUGCAUCUGGACUCCCACACAAGAGCUAGGGAGAUGACAGAGAGGGAGUACAUAAUUCCGCUGACUGACCAGAUGUUGUCAUUGAGCCUGUAUCGCCAGCUGAGCCCAACCAGCGAUGGGCCUUCCAUCAAACAUACCAUACCCAACAUGGAUGCCAGUGUCUCUAUCAGACCGAAACUCACCCUGCAGAAGAAGGACAUUGAAACCAGGAACGAGUCAAAGAUCAAAGCAGAGACAUCCCCGUUUUUCCCAAUGGACCGGCUGAAGACGUACAUGAUGCAGGCCCUCACUGAUGCUGUGGAGAGAGGGGCCGCCCAUAUACGCGACCCCAUUGGGGGAAGCAACGCCAACUUGUUUGUGCCGCUACUGAAGACCCUGGACAAUCUGCUGGUGAUGGGUCUGCUCACGGACGAUGACAUGCACCAGCUACUCUUCCUCAUUGACCCAGAGACCUUUGAUGCCGCUGCUAGAGGGAAGGGUGUGGGGCAGGGCCUGCUGCACAUGAAGCUUGCAGAGCCAGUGAAAUUUGAAGUAUGCCGUCUCCUGCAACAUCUGUGCGACCUUCAGCUGAGACACAGGAUAGAGUCCAUCAUUGCCUUCUCACGUGACUUUGUCGGAGUGUGCCAAAAUGACCAACUGCGACGUUACAACGAGAUCAAACAGGCAAACCUUCCCUCGUCCAUUGCAGCGAGGAGAACAAGAGAAUUCAGGUGCCCUCCCAAUGAACAGAUGAGGAACCUGCUAGCCUUUAAGAUGGAUAGGGAAGAGCUGAUUCAAAACUGUCCAUGUCACACCGAUAUACGGGAACUGCUUUGGAACUUCCACAACAAUCUGCUGAAACACUGCUCCAUGCCAACAGCCAUCAAUGAAGAGGUGGGGCCUGGAGAGGGGGCUGGGGUGGAGACUGUGCCCGACAGCCCAUCCGUAACGGACAGACUCAUGGCCCUUGUCUGGAAGGCGAAGGAGGAGGAGACUGCAGAGGGGAAUGGCAAGAAAAAUGGCAAAAUUGACUCCCUUCAGAAGCUGAUCCAGAAGACGAUGGUGAUGUGGGCGGAGGAUACCUUCAUCUCCUCUGCAGACCUCGUACGCGAGAUGUUCUCACUGCUUCAUCGGCAGUACAAUGGCAUUGGAGAGUUACUCGAGGGCCUGGAGAAAGGUUAUGUUAUCAGUAGCUCGAGUGAGACAGACAUCAACAACCUUCUGAAGGCCCUUGGCAAUAUCCGCUCUCUGCUGCUUGUCCAAGCGGGCCCAGAUGAGGAGGAGCUUAUGAAAAACAGCCUCAAAGACCUGAUGGACAACAAGGUGUUCUUCCAGCACCCUGACCUUAUGCGGGCGCUGUGUCUGCAUGAGACUGUCAUGCAGCUGAUGGUGAACACAUUGAAUAAGGCCCAGCAGCAGCAGAGUGCAGCUGGGGGUGACAACACCACCAACCAGCGACGCCAGUCCACCGUCCCUGCUGGUGCCCUUGAUAACAACCUUAUGGAAACAAGCAAGGAUGCUGCUGCGGAGAUGGUCGUCAUGUGUUGUCGGUUCUUGUGCUACUUCUGCCGAACCAGUGGCCAGAACCAGCGUGCCAUGUUUGAACAUCUUAGCUAUCUCCUGGAUAACAGCAGCAUGUUGCUUGCACGCCCAUCUUUGCGUGGCUCAUGCCCCCUAGACGUGGCCUACAGCUCUCUUAUGGACAACAAUGAGCUGGCACUGGCAUUACGAGAGGCCCAUUUGGAGAAGAUCGCCAUUUACCUGUCCCGCUGUGGCCUCCAGUCAAACGUGGAACUCCUCGAGAAAGGGUACCCUGAUAUUGGCUGGGACCCGGUGGAGGGAGAGAGAUACCUCGACUUCUUCAGGUUCUGUGUAUGGGUCAAUGGUGAGACUGUUGAGGAGAAUGCCAACCUGGUAGUACGACUGCUGAUCCGACGCCCAGAAUGUCUCGGCCCUGCCCUACGUGGAGAGGGAGGAGGACUUCUCAAGGCAAUGAAAGAUGGCAUUAAAAUGUCUGAACAGAUUGCCGCAGCCCGUGACGGAGCCUCUUGCAUGUUCCUCUCAGCCAUGAAUGAUGAUGAUGACUCAGAUGGGAAAUAUCUCUUCCAAAGCAAGUUUGACUUCUCCACCUUACCCCCUGAGGAUGAUGAAGACUACGUCGACAUGGGUGGGGCGAUCUUAAACUUUUACGCAGGGCUUGUAGAUCUGCUUGGGCGGUGUGCCCCAGAUGCGGAGUCAAUCAAGGCAGGCCGGAGUGACGCCCUGCGGGCACGAUCCAUUCUGCGCUCUCUCGUCUCCAUGGAGGACCUAGAGGGUGUCCUCGGUCUUCGAUUUAUUCUGCCAGUUGGAGGAGAUGGAGAUGGUGCAUUUCCACCUGGCCUGCUACCACCCCACAAGGCAUCAAUUGUGAUGUUCCUGGAGCGGGUUUAUGGCAUCGAGCACCAGGCCACAUUCUUCCGGCUUCUUGAAGACUGCAUUCUGUCCGACCUUCGGGCUGCAACCACACUUGAUAUGGCUGCCUCGUCAGAAAGCGACAUGACCCUGGCAUUGAACCGUUAUCUGUGUGGUUCGGUGCUUCCCCUGCUAACAAAGCACAGUCACUUCUUCAUGGAUGCCGACCACAUGUCAUCUCUCCUGGAGUCCACCCUCAAUACCGUAUACCGGCUGUCCAAGUGUAACUCCCUCACAAAGAACCAGCGAGAGAUGGUCUCCGACUUCCUCGUCGCCUUUACCAACCAGCUGCGCCCUCCAAUGAUGGCCAAGCUGCUGCGGAAGAUGGCUGUUGAUGUGCCUGCUCUCAAUGAAAACACUGUGGUACCCUUGAGGGUGUUGACAGCAUACUACGAGAGGUGUGGUCGGUACUACAGCCACGGUGGGUGGGGCUCAUUUGGGGCUGCCAGCGAUGAGGAGAAAAAGCUAACCAUGAUGCUUUUCUCCGGGAUUUUUGACUCUCUUUCAACAAGGGCUUAUGACCCAGAGCUGUUUUCCAAGGCCUUGCCAUGCCUGUCAGCGAUUGGCUGUGCCCUGUCACCCGACUACUCUCUGACAAGUCACGAUGACAGCUGGUACCACAAGGCGAUCGCCGAGUCUGAGGCUGUCUACAAUCCCAACCCCAUUGAUACCUCCAGGGUACAUUUGAACCAGUCAUUAGAGACGGCCUGUAACAAGUUUGCUGAGCACUUCCAUGACACAUGGUCUUUGAAAAAGAUUGAUGAAGGCUGGACAUUUGGUAGCACUUUUGAUGAAGACAGGAAAUAUCAUCCGAUGAUCAAGCCUUACCACAUGUUGGGAGAUAGGGAGAAGAACAAGUACCUGCAGCCAAUGAGAGACUCUGUGAGGUCAGUGAUUGCGUGGGGCUGGGCCAUGGAGCAGGACCAGGCACGGCUCACGGCCAACAGGGAGUCCAUGAAGAGGCGAAUGUCAAAGGAUGUGUUUGACCAUGGGUACAGUCCACGACCUUACGACCUCCGGAAUAUGACCUUGACCCGGGAGAUGCAGACACUAGCGGAAAAACUGGCAGAAAACUCACAUGACCUUUGGGCCAAAAGAAAGAAACUUGAGCUUGAGGAAAUUGGUGGAGGAGUACACCCACAGCUUGUCCCAUAUGACAUUCUGACAGAGAAAGAGAAGAAGAAAGAUCGUGAACAUGCGCAUGAAUUGCUAAAGUUCCUCCAGUUCCUUGGAUUCAGGGUCCACAGCAAUGAUAUGGACCUGGACAGCAAGGGUCAACGCAAGAAAUCAACUUCCAGACCGUCCAAGGACUCCGAGGCCGACAGCGGUGUGGGGGUUACAGCUAUGGAGAAGAGGUUCGCGUACAGUCUGCUGGAGAAACUGCUCAUGUACUUUGAUAAAGCUUCUAUGAGCAUGACUCAGACACGGUCAAGCUCUCGGUACAGCCGGAGGGGAAGUUUUACCACCGCUACUGAGGAUGUCAAGUUCUUUGGCAAGGUUGUGUUGCCGUUUGUGGAGAAGUAUUUCCGGGCACAUCGGGAGUACUUUGUUGGUGGACCUAACGCCCCAAACACUGGAUCCAUGGCCUCAAUCAAAGAAAAGGAAAUGACUGCCAGUCUGUUUUCUAAGCUUACGUUCACCCUGCGUACGAAGCUGAUGGCAUUUGGUCACGAUGUGAACAUCUCUGUCCGAUGUCUGCAGGUCCUCAUACAGGCCGUUGAUGCCAGGACAGUGGUAAAGAACAGCCCUGAGAUAAUCCGAUCGUCAUUACUGCCAUUCUUCAACAAUGCCGCUGAUGACCUUGCGAACCUCGUUGAGAACUUACAGAAUGGUCGGUUCAGCCAUGUGAAGGGCACGAUCACGCGUGGGGCCACCAGCCUCAACUAUGUUCACAUGGUCCUGCUGCCCGUCCUCUCGUCAUUGUUUGACCAUCUUGGCAGAAACAAGUUUGGGCCUGAUCUCAUUGUGCAAGACGUCCAGCUGGCGUGUUACCGGAUCCUGAACUCCCUCUACAUUCUGGGAACCAGUAGCAGCGAGUUCCUCACCAGAGAAACCAUUGCAUCAGAAUUGUCCAGACAUCGGCCAGCUCUUGGGGAGUGCCUGAGCUCGUAUGCGGGCUGUUUCCCCGUCGCCUUCCUCGAGCCUAAGAUGAACAAGUACAACAAAUACUCCAUCCUGUUUGGACUCGAGGGCAAAAUAUCCGAGCAUUCUCUCGAGGCCCAGGAGGUGAUGGACCUUCUACAGGAGACUUUACCGCCUCUAGAGAACAUUGUUGCGGAGAUUGACACCCUUGCCGAAUCGGGGGGCAAGUAUAUGGAGGCCCCUCAUGUCAUAGAGGUCACCCUGCCCAUGGUGUGCAGUUACCUCCCAUACUGGCUUCAGAACGCUCCUGCCAUACAGGGUACAAACCCUGUUAGCACAGUGACGGUAGAUUUGAUGAACCGAGUGUUGGGCAACGUUCUUCACCUGAUCAGCAACAAUGUAGGAGCCGAGGAUGCACCAUGGAUGAACACCAUUGCAUCACGUGUACAGCCAAUCAUCAGCAGUUCUCAGCCAGACAUGAUAUCAGACCACUUCCUGCCGAUUGCAAAGAAGAUUCGUGACAAUGCGAUGGUCGUAGAACACAAGGAGAAACAGCUUUACCUGACAAAGAUGCACCAGUCUCAAAACGAUGAUGACUCUGAUAUGGAGGCUGACGUACAACUGGCUUUUAGUAUCUUGGUUCGAGACAUCUACGCAUUCUACCCCCUGCUGAUCAAGUAUGUGGACCUGCAUCGGUCCACCUGGCUCAAGAAUCCUACCUCCGCUGCUGAAGAGCUUUUCACACUCAUUGCAGACAUCUUCCUUCUCUGGUCAAAAUCUAUUUUGUACAAGCGUGAGGAGCAGAACUUUGUCUUGUCUAACGAGAUAGACAACAUGGCCCUGAUUAUGCCGAGCCAGACGAAGCCAGUGGUUGCACAGAUGGACCCGGGGAUGGAGUCCAAGAAACCCACAGGCAAGAAGCGAGAGAAGAAGCGUCUGGAGCCUCACAACAGUCUCAAUGUGGCCUGUCUCAAACGGCUCCUGCCCAUUGGUCUAAGCUUCUUCAGCGGACGUGAACAAGAAUUGCUGCAGACGGUCAAACAGAAACUGAUUGAUGACCCAGAUGCAGAUCUUGAAGAUUUCCUUGUAAAAAUACUUGAAGAAGUGGAAGGGCCUAUAGAUGAGAAGAUAAAGUGGCAGAAGGUUCUGUACCAGAAGAUUGGUGGCGGGACAGGCAACGAGGGCGACCAGAACCGUGUCAUUGAUCGUAUCAUAUCCAUGGCCAAGGUCAUGCAUGGGCUACAUACGGUGGAGCAUCCUAUGGGUCACCACAAAAACGUAUGGCGAAAGGUCGUAUCCACGCAGAGGAAGAGGGCAGUGAUGGCCUGCUUCCGUAUGAUCCCGCUACACAACCUACCCAAGCACCGCUGUAUCAACUUGUUCCUGAAGUGUUACCGGACCCAGUGGCUCGACACAGAGGAGUAUGAGAAAAAGAUCCUGAUUGAUGACCUCACCCGGUCAGAUGAAGAUGAGGAAGAGGCUGGAGAGAAGAAGGAGGACGAGGAGGAGCGUCCUGACCCUCUAAAGCAGCUUAUCACAUGCCUCUCCCGUGCAGCCACCAAGGAACAACAGAGCUCCAUGCCGGAGGACGACCUUUACAUCUCAUAUGCUCAGAUCAUGAGCCAGAGUUGCAGUGGUGCUGACGAUGACGAUGAUGAUGAUGGUGGUGACGAAGAUGGGCCUGGCUCGUCUUUCCAGGAACAAGAGAUGGAGAAGCAACAGUUACUGACGGAGCAGGCAAGACUGGCAGACCGGGGCGCAGCUGAGAUGGUGCUGUUGUACAUAAGUGCUAGCAGAGGCUGUGUUGGUCCCAUGGUUACUGAAACAAUAGAAACGGGCAUUUCUCUACUGCGGGGUGGUAACACAGACGUUCAAAAGAGGAUGUUGAAGCAUCUUAAGGACAAAAAGGAUGUUGGUUUCUUCACUUCUCUGACAGGACUCAUGCAACAGUGCAGUGUGUUGGACCUGGAUGCGUUUGAGCGCACCAACAAGGCUGAAGGUCUGGGUAUGAGCUCUGACUCAAGCCCGGGCGAGAAGAACCUACAUGAUGCCGAGUUCAUCUGUAAACUCUUCCGCUUCCUACAGCUGCUCUGUGAAGGCCACAAUCUUGAGUUCCAGAACUACCUGCGCACCCAGGCAGGUAAUAACACGACUGUGAAUAUUGUCAUCAGCACCGUAGAUUACCUCCUACGACUCCAGGAGUCGAUCAUGGACUUCUACUGGCACUAUUCUGGCAAGGACACAAUCGAUGCAGCCGGCAAGGACAAUUUCUGCCGGGCAAUCAUGGUUUCCAAACAAGUCUUUGCCUCCCUCACAGAAUAUGUCCAGGGUCCAUGUUCGCAGAACCAGCUGACACUGGCCCACUCCAGGCUGUGGGACGCUGUUGGAGGAUUCCUCUACAUCUUUGCUCACAUGCAGGAAAAACUCUCACGGGACUCGGACCAGCUGGAGUUGCUGCGGGAGUUCAUGAAGCUACAGAAGGAGAUGAUGAUCAUGCUGCUCUCCAUGCUGGAAGGCAACGUGAUGAACGGACCUAUUGGUAAACAGAUGGUCGACACACUCGUUGAAUCCUCAAGUAAUGUUGAGAUGAUCCUGAAGUUCUUUGACAUUUUCCUGAAGAUGAAAGAUUUGACCACAUCCGAGGCCUUCUUGGAGUUUGAUACAAAUAAGGAUGGCUGUAUCUCCACUAAAGAGUUUAAGAAUGCUCUCGAAUCACAAAAACUGUACACUCUGGAGGAAAUAGAGUACAUCAUGAUGUGUGUGGAUGCCAACCAGGACGGCAAGGUGGACUUCAACGAGUUUACCGACCGCUUUCACAACCCGGCCAAGGACAUUGGCUUUACCAUGGCCGUUCUCCUUACCAAUCUCUCCGAGCACAUGCCCAAUGAUCCAAGACUUGAGAGGUUCCUGGAAAAGGCGCGCUGUGUGUUAGACUACUUCCAGCCAUACCUGGGGCGUAUUGAGAUCUUGGGCGGGGCUAACCGCAUCGAGCGCGUCUACUUUGAGAUCAAACAGUCACACAUCGACCAGUGGGAGAAACCGCAGAUCAAGGAGUCUAAGCGCUCUUUCCUGCACAGCGUGGUUAACGAGGGUGGAGAUAAGGAGAAACUGGAGAGCUUUGUCAACUUCUGCGAGGACACUAUCUUUGAGAUGCAGCAUGCUACCAGUAUAAGUGCGGAGGAGCAGAGGAUAGCUGCUCUCCGGAGUGGGGCAGGAGAUGCCCGAGGAGGAGUAUUGGAGCCGGUGAAGAUGGGCUACAACUUCAUCAGGGAUGGAAUCGGCUCAUUCCUGUCGCUGUUCACAAUGUCAAACCUGCGUACCUCGUACCGAACGUUCCGCAGGAUGACGUAUUGGCAGCUGUUUGUUGCCCUUCUCAAACUCAACUUUAGACUCGCCUUCAUGAUACUUACAGUUCUCUUCCAUAUUGUAUGGACACUAUGCCGUUUCAUACUGAACAUGAUGAUGGGUGAACGUGAUGAGGGUGGGGUGGAGGGGAAUGUUCCUACUGGGCCACUGGCCCUACCUGGAAUCCCUGGCCCCACCCCAGGCGACAAACCCCUGGUUCCCCCCAUUGAGAUUGAAACGGCAGAACCCAUGAUGGCUUUCGGCGUGACCAUUACUAAAGAAGAAAAGGAAGAGGGCCAAACAAUCAGUCUAACAGAGGCACGACACCCAGUGACACCCCAGGCCAGUGUGGACCUGGAUCUCACUGGGGAUAAAUCUGCUGAGAGACAUUCUACCGCAACACCUCAAAUACGAACCACCCAGGGUGAGACACCGGUAGAGCGUGAGCUCAGCAGACAGACUAGUACAUACAGUGCUAUGGGAGGUGCGGCGGGGCCAGGCACACAGCCGGGAGCCGAUCAGGAUGAGGAUAUCAUAUAUGAAACCAAGAACUUUGACUAUGGCAAAUACAUCCUCAUAACAUUAAUCAACAUUGGGAGCCUGUUUGCCCGGAACUUUUACAACUUCAAGUACCUGGCUUUACUGCUGGCCUUCCUUAUCAACUUCAUGCUGCUCUUCUACAAGGUUUCCCGUUUAACAGGGGAACUACUUGGAACUGAAGACUCUGACGUUGAUGACAUCGCCGCUAACAUGACGGACAUGGGCGGAGAUGAAGAGGAGGAGGACGUAGAAGAGCUUGUUUCGAUGUCCGAGUCCAGUUACUACCUCGAACACGUGCUACGAUGCCUCGCGAUCUGCCACUCUCUUGCUGCUUUCUCCAUGCUUGUUGCCUACUACUGUCUUAAGGUUCCCCUUGUUAUUUUCAAACGAGAGAAGGAGAUCGCACGAAAGCUGGAGUUUGAUGGAUUGUGGAUUGCUGAACAGCCGAGCGAAGAUGAUCUGAGAUCACACUGGGAUAAACUGGUACUCAGUACGGGGUCCUUCCCUGACAGCUACUGGGACAAGUUUGUCAAGAAAAAGGUUCGCAAUCGCUAUGCAGAGCAGUAUGAGUAUGAGGCCAUCAGCAACCUGCUUGGCAUGGAGAAAUCAGACACUAUCACCAUUGACAAGGAUGAGGGAUCCGGCAUCUUCAAAUUCCUCUAUUAUGUGGACUGGCAGUAUCAGAUAUGGAAAUGGGGAGUCAUCUUCACAGAUAAUUCGUUCCUAUACAUAGCGUGGUAUUUCUGCUGGUCUUGCCUAGGAAACCUCAACUAUUUCUUCUUUGCGGCCCAUCUCCUGGACGUGGCUGUCUCUUUCAACACCCUAAGAACCAUUCUCCAGUCUGUCACACACAAUGGGAAACAGCUGAUGUUGACACUCAUGUUGCUGUGUAUUAUUGUCUACAUCUACACUGUGAUUGCCUUCAACUUCUUCCGCAAGUUUUACAUAAAAGACGAGGACGGAUCUAUCGACUACAAGUGCCAUGACAUGCUUACGUGCUUCGUGUACCAUCUGCACACAGGUGUGAGGGCUGGUGGAGGUAUUGCAGAUGAGAUCGAGCCUGCAGAUGGAGACGCAUAUGAAAUAUGGAGAAUUCUGUUCGAUAUCAGUUUCUUCUUCUUUAUCAUUGUCAUCUUGCUGGCUAUCAUUCAGGGUUUAAUCAUUGAUGCGUUUGGUGAACUGAGAGACCAGUUGGAGCAGGUCAAGGAGGAUAUGGAGUCCAAGUGCUUUAUUUGUGGUAUCGGGAAAGAUUACUUUGACAAAGUCCCACAUGGUUUUGAGACCCAUGUGGGUAACGAGCACAACUUUGCCAACUACAUGUUUUUCUUGAUGCACCUGAUUAACAAGCCGGACACAGAGUACACCGGUCAGGAGACUUAUGUGUGGGAACUGUAUCAGCAACGGUGCUGGGACUUCUUCCCUGUGGGAGACUGCUUCCGUAAACAGUACGAGGAUGAGGUCAGUGGUGCACUGAAAAGCUAACAGACGCUGUACAGAGUGUGUGUGUGUGUGGGGGGGGGGGGUCAUUGGAAUUUUAGUCAGCUGACAAUACAAUAAAGAACAGCAAAGAAGAGUUUACUGCUACACUGUAGCGAGUGUUGAAUAGCUGACACUACUUAUAACAGCAACUUGUGAUAUAUUUAUAUCAGACUUUUUUAUUAUUGAAAAAGAUUUAUGAGAUAAGGCGUUGAGCGAUUGGAGUUUGGAACAUACAUAUCUCGUGUUACUCCAGUGAAUAUUAUGAACUACAAGUAAAUAUCCAGCUUCUCUUACUUUUUGGGAGGAUUGAGUUGUGAUAUUAGAUUCUGACAUUUGAAAAACAACCAUGACCCAUAAUGCAACACUAAGGGUAAUUCUUAGAAUGGACAGCUGGCAAUGAAAUUAUUCAUAGAUAAUAGUUUGUUUGAGUAUAUUUAGUUUCCUACUUACCUGAGAGACCUUAACAUUGAGACAUGUAUAUUUGAGGCUGAAUUUAUUAGCAUACUUACUUACCUGACAGACCUAAACAUUGACACUUUGUAUAUUUUAGGCUGAUUUUAUACAUUUUGUACAAAAUUAGUGUAAGUUUUGUUUGUUAUUUUGGUGCAAUAGCUAUGCAAAUUAUGCAGAUAUCAUUGUUCAAAACAUUUUGAUUUGCUGUUCUAUCCUUUGUUAUAUUUGUACACAUGAAAGUGUUCACUAGAUGUGUUAGGAUUUAAUUGUUUAUAUUGAUUUAUAAUCAGAAUGUGCAAUAUUUAGGCAGAUGUUGUAUUAGUUGAUGUUUUCUUGCAAAUUGAAACUUGUUAUUUUAUAUUAAUUAUUUGUUACGCAUAUUUGGACACAUGUAAACAUUUACAUGUAUCAUUAUUUAUAAAAUUUCAAUUUAUUUGAUUAGAUGUAUCAUUCAUUAUAGCGUAUAUUACAAAACAACAACAUAAUAUAGAUAAUUUCAUGUGUGUUUAUCAACAUUCUUUUAACAAACUGUAGAUACAAUUUUUGAUAUUAUUCUCUUGUUACUUAACUGGUGCUAUUUGAACACCAUAAUUCUUGUUAAUUUGUUUCCCUUGUUUGGUUGAUGUGGACAUAUUUAUUAUUAUGCUAUUACACUAUUUUGUAGAGUGUUUAGAUAACACCUUAUUAGACCCCCCAGCACCUUAUGUUACAUAACACGUACACCAGGGGUCCGUUUCAAUGAGAUAUGAGUCGUAAAACUUACCCUGUUUAAGAGUGCUUGUUGAAACCCAUAAAGUUACGAAAAUAUGUGAUAAAUGUUCUUAUAUUUUUAUUAAAAUGCAGUUAACGCCAAACACAGGAUUAUAUCGAGAAAGGUAACGACCUUUAGCUUUGCGAUCUUUAUUGAGACGGGGCCCUGACCCUCUUACUGAUGUUUUACUCGUAGAUGCUCGAGGAAUGUUUUAUAGAAGGUGAAAACUUCCAUGUUUUUAAAAUAAAUUUAGACACCCACA